UCUUCAGUAGCCAGCCACGGGGCAAGCCAAGCGGUCCAGAAAGCGUGUUGUCUACCGUGAUCCGAAGAUCACUGCCCCUUGUUUUGUUUUUUCUCUUACUUUUUUUCGGGUGCUGGUGAGGACAGUUCUCCGUGUGAUUCUGUGGCGGUGCAUGACUCUCCCGUUGACCGCAUGAUAGGUCACGUGACCCGGCUGCUGCUCCUUGGCUGCCUGCUCUGCCUGAUCGGCAAUGUGCCGCGGAUCGAGGCCCUCCACCGCUGGAGCCCCAUGAUGAAGGCCUUUCGCUAUCUGCAGGAGACCAUGCUGCGGAACAGUCUGGAGCGGGCCCAUCUCAACCACGGCAUCGUCUUCGAGUGCCGCACCAUCUCAGCUAAGGAUUUUGGCAAUGAAGUGCACUUCAAUCUGCAACUCGGCGAUCUACGAGGAUUUCGGCGGCUGGAUCCUAACAAAAAGUUGGCUUUGUUUCUGCAUGGAUGGAACGAUCAAGGAAGUAAGGACUGGGUGCAAGAACUUUUGCUGACUUGGACCCUUUUCGACUCGAACUACAAUGUGUGCGUUGUGGACUGGGGAAAUCUGUCGCAGAAUGACUACAAGUCCGCCUCCAUGUCGAUUUUCGAUGUGGGCCUGACCGUGGCGGGAAUUAUAAUGGCACUGGAGGAGCUGCGACCGAAUCACUUUCAUCGAAGUAACGUCACCUUGGCGGGCUACAGUUUGGGCGCCCAUGCCGCCGGCUAUGCGGGGGCGGUACUCGAGGGUCGGGUGGAGCAGAUCAUUGGGCUGGAUCCAGCCGGACCCCUGUUCUCGCUGCCCGCCGAGGUGUCGCCCAAGUACCGCCUCGAUCCCGGCGAUGCCCAGUUCGUCCAGGUGCUGCACACUUCGGGCGGCACCUUGGGCACGAGUCUGAAGUGCGGACAUGCCGACUUCUAUCCCAACGGCGGCAGGGCCCCACAGACCAACUGCAAGAUGUUCGCCAACCUGAGGGAUAUGCAGAACACCAAUCCCAUUGCCUGCAGUCACUCGGCGGCGGCGAUUUUCUUCCGCCAGUCGAUGGAUCCCGAGUAUCCGUUCGUGGGCCUCGAGUGCGGCAGCUACCGGGAGUUCUCCCACGGAUAUUGCGAUGGCAACCGGAAGGCGCGCUUCGGCAUCCAUUCGCAGAGGCGCGCGCAGGGGAGCUUCUACUUCCGCACCGCCCCCCAGCAGCCCUACGUGCAGAGGCGUCAAACGAAUUUCCUGAGCGCAGAGGGGCGCAUGGCCAGCGGCAGGGGGUCGAAUGUCAACGGAAGGAGGUCAAAGGUCGACGGAAACUUAAACGGUAGCCCCCUUGUGCUGCGCCUCUGGACGAACAGCUGGCGUCGGCGAAAGAGACAGAGAGAAAGAGAGAAAGAGAGAGAGAGAGAGAGAUCGCUGUGCGUCAAUUAGUUCCUAGUGUGUUUUGUUAGUGUUAUUUGGGCCCCCAAAAAAUAAACCCAGCCUAAAAGUGUGCUCUUCUUU